AUGAAAAUGGCCAGCUCUUUCAGAGGAGAAGUAUUAAAUCUUUAUAAAAAUCUGCUGUAUCUUGGACGAGACUGUCCAAAAGGACCACACUAUUUUAAAAGGCGUUUGAAGAACAUUUUCCUUAAAAACAAAGACGUGAAGAAUCCAGAGAAGAGCAAAGAACUUACUGCACAGGGCGAAUUUGUAAUGAAAGAGCUAGAAGCCUUAUACUUCGUUAGGAAAUACAAAGCUAUGAAACAACGCUAUUAUUCAGAUACCAACAAAACGAAUUGA